AUGGGCAAAAUCAAUUCAAAACCAAAUGCUAGUAGACCUGUUGAUACUACUCGAUCUAAGCCUAAAGAACAAAGAACCAUGAGCAAUUUAAAUGUUAAACCAAACACUAGUAGUCCUGUUGAUACUACUCGCGCUAAGCCUAAAGAGCAAAGAACCAGGGGCAAUUUCAAUGCUAAACCAAAUACUAGUAGUCCUGUUGAUACUAUUCGCGCUAAGCCUAAAGAACGAACAACCAUGGGCAAUUCCAAUGCUAAACCAAAUACCAGUAGACCUGUUGAUACUACUCGCGCUAAGCCUAAAGAACAAACGCUAAUGUAG